UGUUGCUUAAAUUUUGCGAUUAAAGUGAAAUUUUGUGAUUAAAGUGAAAUUUUGUGAUUAAAGGGAAAUUUUGCGAUUAAAGUGAAAUUUUGCGAUUAGAGUAAAAUUUUUGGAUUUUCAUCGACACCAAGACCUUCUGCAAGAACUUUUGGUCAUUCUCAUCAACUCAUCAUGGGAUAUGUACGAUCAAUUAAUACUUUUCUUGGUUCUUGGUUCAUUUGGUUCAUCGAUAGACAUUGUGCUGAUUUUUAUUUUAUAAUUACAGAAAGCCAUUCUCAAGAUUGAGGGGAAGAAGUUCGUGAUCUCUCGGCAGAGCAAUAAAAUUGGUUCUGCGCUGCAUUGUAAUAUUCGUCUGCAACAUCCGAGUAUCUCAAAAAUGCACGCGCGUAUCGACUGGACGGACGUGGGACUUGUCAUCACAAACAUAACGAACUUUGGACGAACAGUUGUGAAUGACGUUCCCAUGAAGCCGCUGGAUGCUAAAUUAAUUAAACGACGAGAAGUUAUCUUGAGGCUAGGCGAACUGGAUGGUCGUCUCAGCCUUUACCGAGAAGCCAGGAAAAUUGCUCGAUCAACCUCUAAGGAGCUCCAGCGAAUUCAAUCGAAACUCCAGUGCACGAAGUGCAAUAAGAAUCGUCAUGUCAAGAUCCAAGCGACUUUUGACGAGAAGAGGAAAUUCCGUCUUAAAUUUGUCCUGCCUAAGAGAGAUGUCUUGAUCAAAGGUGAUGAAUCUUUGAGAAGAGCUGUUCUGACUCAUGCUCUCUAUAAUCAUUUUUCACACUUGAGUUUGGUGACGGAUAAUACAGACGAAUAAUCUUCGCUUCGAUUCGAUUAUUUCUCACUUCUACUGUCAAUUUGUGAAUAUACUUUUAUAUGAGGUACUCAAUACGAAACGAAUCAAUCAGUGAUCUUCAGCUUGAAGAUUUUCCAUUGUAGAAUAUUUUUUAAACAAAUUUAUGGAGUAAUAACAGAACAAGUCAGCAUGGGUCGAUCAGAGGCUUGAUAAUCCCGAAACAACAAUAUGUUUCGGUGUUGUACAUAUUAGUUAUAACGAAGUAGCUAGAAUGACAGUGAAAAUUUGGAAAAAACUGAAGAAUCUGCCAAA